AUGUUAAGCUUCAACCGCUCGAUGUUGGCCUUUGUGGCCCUCCUCUACGCUGUGCUGAUGGUGGCUGUUCCUCUGGCCCAGCCAGUUGUCGGUGAUGACGUUGAGAGUUACGGUACGGUUAUUGGUAUCGAUUUGGGUACCACCUACUCAUGUGUGGGUGUGAUGAAGUCUGGAAGGGUUGAAAUCUUGGCCAAUGACCAAGGUAACAGAAUUACUCCUUCUUACGUGGCCUUUACCGACGAUGGCGAAAGACUUGUUGGUGAUGCUGCUAAGAACCAGGCAGCUUCGAACCCACACAACACUAUCUUUGAUAUCAAAAGAUUGAUCGGAAUGAAAUACACCGAUAAGUCUGUCCAGAAGGACUUGAAGCACUUUCCUUUUGAGGUUCUCAACAAGGAUGGCAAGCCAGUCGUCAAGGCCACUGUUGGUGGCGAGGCCAAAACCUUCACUGCGGAGGAGAUCUCCGGUAUGAUCCUUGGAAAGAUGAAGCAGAUUGCCGAAGACUACCUUGGAAAGAAGGUUACCCAUGCUGUUGUGACUGUUCCAGCUUACUUCAACGAUGCCCAGCGUCAAUCCACUAAGGAUGCUGGUUUGAUUGCAGGUUUGAACGUGUUGCGUAUUGUCAACGAGCCAACCGCCGCUGCCAUUGCCUACGGUCUGGACAAGACCGAUGGUGAGAAGCAGAUUAUUGUUUAUGACUUGGGUGGAGGUACCUUUGAUGUUUCGUUGCUGUCCAUUGAGGGCGGUGUUUUUGAAGUUUUGGCCACUGCUGGUGAUACCCAUUUGGGUGGUGAGGAUUUCGAUUUCAGGGUCGUUCGUCACUUUGUCAAGAUCUUCAAGAAGAAGCACGGUAUCGAUGUCUCCGAGAAUCCAAAGGCUAUUGGUAGAUUGAAGAGAGAAGUUGAGAAGGCCAAGCGUACUCUGUCUUCUCAGAUGUCCACCAGAAUCGAGAUUGACUCGUUUGCUGACGGAAUUGACUUCUCUGAGUCUUUGUCUAGAGCCAAGUUCGAAGAGAUCAACAUUGAACUCUUCAAGAAGACUUUGAAACCAGUUGAACAAGUCUUGAAGGAUGCCGGUGUCAAGGCUGCCGAUGUUGACGAUGUUGUUCUUGUCGGUGGUUCUACCCGUAUUCCAAAGGUUCAAGAACUUCUCGAACAAUACUUCAACGGUAAGAAGGCUUCAAAGGGUAUUAACCCAGAUGAAGCUGUUGCCUAUGGUGCCGCUGUCCAAGCCGGUGUUUUGUCUGGUGAAGAGGGUGUUGAUGACAUCGUCCUGUUGGAUGUUAAUGCUCUGACUUUGGGUAUUGAAACCUCCGGCGGUGUGAUGACCACCUUGAUCAACAGAAAUACUGCCAUUCCAACUAAGAAGUCGCAGAUAUUUUCCACCGCUGCGGACAACCAACCAACUGUGUUGAUCCAAGUGUACGAAGGUGAGAGAGCCUUGGCCAAGGACAACAACUGGCUUGGUAAGUUCGAGCUGACCGGAAUCCCACCAGCUCCAAGGGGUACUCCUCAAAUCGAGGUCACCUUUGUCUUGGAUGCCAAUGGAAUUCUGAAGGUUGCUGCCACUGAUAAGGGAACCGGUAAGUCCAACGAAAUCACCAUCACUAAUGACCGUGGUAGAUUGUCAAAGGAGGAGAUUGACCGUAUGGUGGAGGAAGCUGAGAAGUAUGCUGAGCAAGACGCUGAGUUGAGAGGAAAGAUAGAAUCUAGAAACUCCUUGGAGAACUACGCUCACUCCCUGAAAAAUCAAAUUGGUGACGACUCUGAGACUGGUCUCGGUAGCAAGUUGGACGAGGAUGACAGAGAGACUUUGUCUGAUGCCAUCAAGGAGACUUUGGAGUUUUUGGAAGACAAUUACGACACCGCCACUAAGGACGAGUUUGAAGACCAAAAGGAGAAACUGAGCAAGGUUGCAUACCCAAUCACUGCCAAGUUGUACGGAGCAGGUGGACCAGCCGGUGACGAAGAAGUUGAUGAUGAUGAUUUCGACUACGACUACGAUCACGACGAACUAUGA